ACACACACAAGUGCUACAUUUGUAUGGAGACUAUUUCUAUUGUAAUAUACAUAUGUAUCCUUCUCUCUACUCUUUUCUCUUAUCCUCUCAUAAAGAAACAAAAAAAGAAGCAUGAACGACUAGUUAAGCUUCCUCCAGGCUCAAUGGGGUGGCCUUUAAUAGGAGAAACCCUCCAACUCUACUCUCAAGACCCUGAAGUCUUCUUUACUGCUAAGCAGAAAAGAUAUGGAGAAAUAUUCAAGAGCCACAUACUUGGCUGCCCUUGUGUGAUGCUGGCUAGUCCUGAGGCUGCUCGGUUUGUGUUAGUGUCUCAUGCUCAUUUGUUCAGGCCUACGUACCCCAAAAGCAAAGAGAAAAUGAUUGGCCCUUCAGCACUCUUUUUUCACCAAGGAAGCUAUCACAGUCACCUUAGGAAGCUAGUUCAAAGUUCAUUAUCCCCCGAGACAAUCCGGAAACUGGCUCCUGAUAUCGAAGCCAUAGCCAUUUCUGCUUUGGAUUCAUGGGCAAGUGGACAAGUCGUUAAUUCCUUUCAUGAGAUGAAAAAGUUCUCUUUUGAUGUGGGCAUUCUUUCCAUAUUUGGUCGUUUGGAUGACAAAUAUAGAGAAAAGCUGAAGGAGAACUAUUCCAUAGUGGAUAAGGGAUAUAAUUCUUUUCCAACAAACAUUCCGGGUACUCCAUAUGCCAAAGCACUCGAGGCAAGGAAAAGGCUUAGUGAGAUUGUGAAUGAGAUAAUUUGUGAAAGAGAAGAGAAAAAAUUACUGGACAAGGAUCUCUUGGGUUAUUUGAUGAACUUCAAAGAUGAGAGGGGCCAAGUUUUAACUAAGGAUCAAAUUGCUGAUAACAUUAUUGGAGUACUAUUUGCAGCUCAGGACACAACUGCUAGUCUCCUAACAUGGAUUCUCAAAUACCUUCAUGAUGACCGGAUACUUCUUGAAGCUGUAAAGGCAGAGCAAAAGACUAUAUAUGAAGUGAAUGAUGGAGGGAAGAGGCCCUUGACAUGGUCUCAGACCAGGAAAAUGCCACUUACAUAUAGGGUUAUACUAGAGUCCUUCAGGAUGGCAAGCAUCAUAUCGUUUACCUUUAGGGAAGCAGUGGUUGAUGUAGAGUACAAAGGAUAUCUCAUACCAAAGGGUUGGAAGGUGAUGCCAUUGUUCAGGAACAUUCAUCACAAUCCAGAAUUUUUCCCGGAUCCUCAAAAUUUCGAUCCAUCUAGAUUUAAGGUUGCCCCAAAACCCAAUACUUUCAUGCCAUUUGGCAAAGGAGAGCACUCUUGUCCCGGCAAUGAGCUUGCCAAGCUAGAGACACUCAUUCUGAUCCACCAUUUACUCACCAAGUUCAAGUGGGAAGUGGUAGGAUCUCAAAAUGGGAUUCAGUAUGGCCCAUUCCCAGUUCCUCAGCGUGGACUCCCAGCCAAAUUUUGGAAAGAAUCCAAACAUGAUGUGUGAUAAAUGUGUUGCCUUCUCUAGCUUCCAUUUUUCACCCACCUAAUCCAACCCAAACCUCCUGUUUUUUAAUGGGGUUUCUUUCUUAUAUGUAAUCCAUAUGAGAUAUCUUAUCCCUUUUAUUUAUUGUAGCACAUCUGAUAAUUGGUUGCUUGAUAUUUGACUAUAUAUGUAAUAAAAUAGAGAAAUUGAAUGGGAAGCUUACUCCCCAGUGAUUUAUGUUCUCUAAUGUUUCUUUAUUAUUUGUAAUUUUAGAACAUGUU